UCCCCUCUUUUACGUAACCUUGAAUUAGUUUAAUAAAUCGCCCGCCUAAUUGCAGCGCUUUCUUUGUUCUUUAUUGUGUGAUACUAAUGCCGCAAAUAUCGAGAACAAAGCUCAGUGAACACUGAAUGUACUCGCGUCGCAUUUGUAUGCUUUACGUUGCGUUACAUUUUUCUAUCAUUUUUAUUCUUGUCAAAGAUGUCUGAACAAAUCGGAAAUAGAGUUUAUAAUUAUUUAAUUGGAUUUGAAAUUCAUAAUAUUAAUAAUAUUAAGUUACCUUCGUGUAGGGAUGUAUUGAAUCUCUUUAUGUACAAACAUCAAUCCUUAAAAUUAAGUAUACGAGCAAGUGCUAGUAGUGUGAUCAGUGAUACGAAUGCUAUUUGGGCUAAUCUUUUGAUUCCAACUUCUCGACCUCAGCACAGUAUUAAAUAAUUGGAAAAAAUUCACAGUGACUACAUGAAACUGAAGAAUCAUCGAAGUCGUGCAAAGACAUCGAAAAGACAACGAACAAAUGUGGAACAGUUUAGCAAACGUCUUGAUAAAUUAUUUGACAUUGCAAAUUGUGCUGCACUAAAAAAUUUACCGAAAAAUUUGCAGCAAUUUUUGACAGAUUGUCGUAAAGGAAAUAGAAAUAUCCAUCUACCAGCAAUUGACGUUAUACCAGAAGAAACUUCUGGAAAUCUGUCUGCGAUGGAAGUAGAAACUCCCAAUAAUGAGGAAAUUGGAAUGAAAUUAUCCCAACAGUCGUCCUUAAAUAGUUUCUGUAGUUCCAUAUCAAAUUCCAGUGAAUUGAAGCGAACUUGUUCAGACUUUGAAGAUACAAUGCCAGCGCCUAAGAAAAAUAAAAUUGAUAUUCUGACUUCGGAAUUAGUAUUAGCACUAGAUAGAACUAAAACUAGUAACAGAAAUGCGAUGUACAUCAUUUCUGCUGUUAUUCAAAGUUUAGGACUUGAGAUUGAUAAAUAUAAUUUAAGUUACUCCACUAUUCGCAAUGCGCGUAUUUCAAAAAGAGAAGAAAUUGUCGAUACGAUCAAAGAAGAAGAAAUUUUUGAUGACUCUCUCGUAGUGCACUGGGAUGGAAAGAUGCUUCCUGCGGGAAAUGGUCAACCAAAAGCAGAACGAUUAUCAAUACACGUCACCGGAAUAAAUACUGAUAAAAAUUUAAAAACUCCGAUUCUCUCUGAUGGCACAGGUGAAAGCCAAGCUUCAGCCAUUUUUGAAACGCUGAUAGAGUGGGAUCUUUGCGAUAAUGUUAAAGCAAUGUGCUUUGAUACAACUAGUUCAAAUACCGGUUGUUUUAAUGGCGCAUGUGCAUUAUUAGAAGAUAAAAUUGGCCGUGACUUAUUAUAUCUUGCUUGUCGCCAUCAUACUUCUGAAUUGAUGUUACGAAAUGUUGCAGAAGUUGCUUGGCCAGUGACGAAUAGUCCAAAUGUACCAAUUUUCAAAAGACUCAGAGAUAAUUGGAAAAAAUUGAUAAAUCUGCGUAUGAAAUCGGCACAGAGGAUAAAGAUAUUGCACUUAUUUUAAAUCAAAGAAAAGACGAUAUUCUUGACUUCAUAGAAAAUCAACUGAAGGUAUUAAUUAAUUCAUA